AUGGAGCAGCUCAGGCAGCAGCUCGGGGAGAUCGAAGCCAUUGGAAGCGUCAUGGCGCUGCUACAAUGGGAUCAACAGGUAACACUCCCAGCAGGAGCGCAUCAGGCUCGCCAGCGCCAGGUCGAAACGCUGGCCUCGCUCCUCUACAAGAUGCAAAGCUCCGAGGAGCUUGGCAGGUGCCUGGAACGCGCCCGGGAGAUCGAUCCCUCCACUCUCUCCGGCAUGGAACGUGCCACGAUCCGCGAGGCGUACCGGGAAUACAGCCGAGUGAUCAAGACGCGGGAGAGCUUGUACAGGAGGAUCUCGGGCCUGGAAGUCACGGCGCAGGCUACUUGGGAGCAAGCACGCCGCGAGAACCGGUUCGAUCUCAUGGCCCCGGUUAUCAGCGAGUGGAUCUCGAUCCGCAAGGAGGAGGCGGCGGUGGUGUCGCCGGGUAUGGAUCCAUAUGACUACGUGCUGGACGAACACGAACGUGGGUCCUCGGUGCAAAAGAUGGAUCGCAUGUUUGAGCGGAUCAAGCAGCCCCUCAUCGAGCUCCUGGCCAAGAUCAAACAGCCCGAUAAUGACACGCCAGGCGUGGCAUUUCCAAUGGAGCCGCAGAGAGAGCUUGCGAGGAAGAUCAUCCAGGACAUGGGCUUCAAUGGUCGGCUGGAUGAUUCCGUCCAUCCAAUGACAGUUCCAGUCUCGCCACCCUCGGACGUCCGGAUCACGUCCAAGUUCAUCGAGAACAAUCCCAGGUCUGUGGAUGAUUUCUUCAAAGUUCUUCGAACAUCUAAUAUCGUCUUUGAAUCAGCGCAGGUUUGGCAUCUUGGCGGCGAUCCACGAGACCGGACAUGCGCUAUACGAGCAAGGGCGAGUCGAGGAGCCGGGCUUGAUCGCGUUGCGACCGCUUAG